UCAUGCUGCUGCCAGGUCCAGAGUCUCUCAUGGGUCCCUGUACGGCCUCCCAUUGCUGCUGUCUCCAUCGCCACACUCUGCCAUGUGCCACUUUCAGGUCUCCUCACACUGCUGGUGUGUUCCAUUUUUUGUCAUAGGGUGCUGGCAGAUUACGGGCCUCCCAUAGCUGCUGCCAGGCCCCUAAUCUGCCAUGGGCCCCUAUACCGCCUCCUCAUGCUGCUGCCAAGUCCAGAGUCUCUCAUGGGUCCCUGUACGGCCUCCCAUUGCUGCUGUCUCCAUCGCCACACUCUGCCAUGUGCCACUUUCAGGUCUCCUCACACUGCUGGUGUGUUCAAUUUUUUUGAC